CUGUGAAGCACAAUAAAAAAAAAUAAAAAUACAAAAAAAAAAAGGCUGGCAAAUCAGACUAGGUGGCGGAUAAGCGUUUUGAAUUGCCAUUUGUUAUUUGGUAUUUGGUAUUUGUGCGCAGUGCUAGACUAGAAUACCACUCUAAAAAUAUAUAUGCGUGUUAGCGUGUAUGCCAGUAACAAUAAAUCAGUCGCUUAAUCAAUCUCACUUGCCAACGAGUAGUUGACCUUUCGUCUUUGGCGGCGCCUCCAGUUUCAGUUAGCAACCAGCCAGCCGAGUGAUUCGCAGCUUUGGUGAUUAAGUAUACGUCAGGCAUUCACGGGCAUUCACGUACGCAUCUAGGAUCUACUCCCCAGGCGGAAGCGGAAGUCAACUUUGACGGCGGAAGCUUAAGCUGUUUGUUAUUAGGUGCAAGUGUUGCCGCCGCCAAGCGUAACAACAACAGCAGCAACAACAACAACAGCAGCAGCAACAAUAACAGUAGCAAUAAGAACAACAAAAACAAAUUGAUAGCGGAAGUCCGUCAGUCGAGUCGACUAUAAUGCCGAAAUUCAAAUUGAAGUGCAGCAGUGAAAACAUAAUGCAGCUGCAUAGCAAACAAUAACAACGCUUCAGCUACGAAAACAGGCCAAUUCAAUUCAAUUCAAACAAAGUUGAAAAUUUAGAGCGUCAACAAGAGUUGGAAAACAUAACAGAAAACAGUGGACUUAACGCCAAGCGAUUUACAAAAACACCUCGCCAGAAACCACAACACCAACAACACACCAGGAAGACAACAAAUAGAAUGGCGGACCUGGAACGCAUACGACUCGUGCUGCUCGGCGGCGCUGGUGUCGGCAAGAGUUCCAUUGUGAAGCGCUUCCUAUUCAAGAGCUACACGGACAAAUACCGCGCCACCGUCGAGGAUCUCUAUAAUCGCGAAUAUGACCUCGGCGGCGUCACGUUAAAGGUGGACAUUUUGGACACAUCCGGUGACAUGCAAUUCCCCGCCAUGCGACGCCUCUCCAUUGCGACGGCCCAUGCCUUCAUGCUGGUCUAUGCGACAACAUCUGCGCCCAGUUUCCAGUGUGUGAAACAGUGCUUCGAGGAGAUUCGCGAGCAGCGCGCCGACUUUCAGGAUAUACCCAUUGUUAUAGCCGGCAACAAAGCCGACUUGGCGACGACUCACAGGGAGGUGCGACAGGAGGAGGUCACAGAUUGGGUUUUUUGCGAGCUGCCACGCCUCAGGGCCAAAGUGCUUGAGUGCUCGGCAAAGGAGGACACCAAUGUGACCGAACUAUUCAAGACCCUGCUCUCCCUUUCCCGCUUCCUGCCCGCCAGCAGCGGCAACGGCGGACCAGGAGGCGCCAGCGGCGAGGCAGCGCCCAGUGGCUUCAAGCGCCGCUCCUCGGCGUAUGUCAGCGCAUCGUCCAGUCGCAAUAAGAAUCGCAUGAACAGUCCUUCGGUGAGUGGCGAUAAGAAGUCGAGUCUUGUGGAUGCCGUCGAUGUGGCCAGCACCAGUGCAGAGGCCAAGUUGAAGCCACGAUCCAGAUCGCUCAUACGCCGUGCAUCACGGAAGACUAAGCAGCAAAUCAACAACGCAUCCGAUGACUGUAAUUUGCAGUAAAUUGCUAACAAAUAACUCUUAAUAAUAAUAUUAACAUUAUAUAUCAGACAAUUAAAGAUAAUGCGUACCUAGUACUCAUAACCAGCUGGUUGGUUGGUUAGAAUUGUAAGCCAGCCCAUAUUUAACUGAGCUAAUUAUUCUGAUUAUAUUUAAUAAUAUAAGAAUGUUGCUCAAUGUAAUGCAAUUUCGAUAUGUUGUAUAAUGUUUUAUCGGCAUUAAGGUAAUUACUAAAUACAUUUAUCUGUUUGUUGGUUCGGGUUAUCAUCAUUAUUUGUAAAUGCUUUAA